AUGAGCGAGUAUUUAAUGAAAUCUUUGAAAAUAAAAGCCGAAAAAUGGACAAAGUUUAUAACAGGGGAUGAAAGGCAUAUUUUAUUCAGAUUCUUCGAUUUACCUAAAUAUGAUAUAAUAGUAUUCCGAAUGAAUACAGCGGGUCAGCUCACAUGUGCCACUUACUUCCCUCCAAUAAGCAGAGGAAAAAUGGUGUAUUUUCUAAGAAAUACAAGUGAUAAAGUGACACAGACUAAUUUACGUCAGGUUUUAACAAUAGGCGAAAUGUCAGGUAACGUGCUUAUGGAUCUGAGUGUAAUGGCAGACGACGUGAUAGGACCUUUACUCUGCAACCCCGAGAACCAGAAAGGUUGGCCAAAAAUUGUACAGCAAGACAUGAGAAGGCACGUAAAUGAUUUGAGGAAUUUGAUGCAUCAGCUGAAAGGUGAAAUGGCGAGUCAAGUUAUGUUGCCGAUGCCCGCCGGUGUGGACAACAUUUACUAUGCAGAAACAAGGAUCAAAGAAAGUGACGGUGAAGACGUGGAUUUGUCCUUAAAAACUAAUAUAGAAGGUGCUGUAAUAAAAUGGGCACAGCAAGUUCACGAUCUGCUCCAAGAAGAUUCCUAUUUAUCGUUUAAAAAAACGAAGUUUCCGCUGCCAAGCGCCGAUAUAGAAUUCUAUGGGCACCGCCUCCGCAACCUAGAGGGCAUAUACUCGCAGCUACGCGACCCUCGAGUGAAACGCAUGGCAAACUAUCUCGAGGAGACCAAGAGCGUCUACUUGAACUGCUUCAAGAGCAUGCUCACGAACGUCGUAGCUGCUAUUGUGGAAUGCCGCGACAUAUACGUUUAUCAGAAGCCUCUGGUGCCACAUUUCGAGGGGAUUGAGGGCACGGACUUUUUAGAUUCGAAACAGCUCAUUCGGCCGAUGUUCCAUUGUAUUGGCAUGCUUUGGGGCAACUCUAGAUAUUUCUGCAGCGUCGAGAAGCUAAUACGUGAUCCCGAUGAGCAACUGUUAAAAUUAAGAAAAGCAAUUGACAUUUUGAAUCAUUUUAUAGAAACCUACUCCAUGAAUCGCGACAAGGUGCACACAUUCUUCCCGCCGGGCGUCAUGCCAGUGCGUUGGGCGUUCGACUUCGACCGCGUGUUUAUGCGGUUCAACGAGUACAUGAAACGGCUCAGCAUGAUUGAGUCCCUAUUAGAGGCCACCGUGGAGAUCUUUAAGCUGGAGAAAGUCGAGUUCUGUGGUCUGCGCGGAAAGAUUCUCAGUAAGGAGUGCAUGAAGGUUCUAGACGAGUACACAGUCAAGUAUCAAAUCCUAGGAAAUAUUACAUAUGACCCUGCUGAUCCGGAAGAUAAAUCCUUUUUAGUUGAUUACAAUAACCACAUGCUGGUCCUCGAAGAUGUCGACAAGAGGCUUGCUUCACUCUUUUCUCAGGGUUUGGACGAAUGUCUUAAUCUGCAGCACUUCUAUAAAUUUUUCCAAAUCAUCGGUGAUCUUUUUCAUCGGCCAAUUAUAAAAGAAGAACUAAAACCAAAACUGCCCCGGCUGUUGGAUAUGAUGCACUCUAAUUUAGACGAUGUCAAAGAGAUCUACGAUGAGGAGAUGUCGAAACUAACAAAAGGGCCGCAGAGGCCGAUGGUCGAUCCCUUUUUCCCUCCGGUAGCUGGUAUGAUCUGGUGGAUACAUAAAUUGAGGAGAAGAAUCCAAGAGCCAAUGGAGGAAUUCAUUUUGUUCGAAGAUCCGAUUACAAGCAGCGAGUACGCGUCAUACAUGAAACAAAAACACAACGAGAUGUUAGGCUAUCUGAAUGUCCUGGAAGACAGACAGUUCAAGCAAUGGUGCGCGACCGUCCCCAAUAUUUGCAAAGUGCACUUGGUAAAGAACCUCAUAUAUCGCGACCCGCCUUUUGUCAGAAACAACUUCAGUCCGGAGCUCGUCCUAUUGCUCCGUGAGAUACGUUACAUGAAAUAUUUGGAGAAACAAGGCAUUCCACCUGAUGGGUUGGAAUUGUACGCUCGAAAUGAAAAGCUUCAGUACGACAUGAAUCGACUAAAUCGUGCCAUUGCCUGGUACAAUGAAAUUCGCGAGGGCAGCCACGAGACGGAGGUUGCGCUAAUCGAAAAGGAGAUUUCCGCAAUAGACACCUUACUUGGCAGGGGCGUUGAAGAAUUCACCUGGAAUGAUGACUUUACAGAGUGGAUGGCCGAAGUGUACGCGGCGAUCAACACACUGCAGGAGCGUGUGCUGACUGCGCAGAACAAUGUGAAGCGCGGCUUGGCGAACGUGGCGGCGUGGGGUGACCAGCCUCUGCACAAGCGCAAGGAGAACCCCGACCGGCUGGAACUGCUCGCGGUGAACGAGCGGCACCCCAGGCUUCUUAAGCGGCGAGACAAAAUCCUUGAAAGCCAUAAAGAAUUCCAGAAUAUCUUGGUUGAUAAUUACAAGUUGUUCUUCAACAUUCAGGAAGAAGAAGAGUCGGAUUCAGAAGAUGAAGAAUUAGAAGAAGUUGACGAAUCUGUUCUUGAUGAAGAAGAAAAAUUAGCUCGGCAACAGAAAUUGGAAGAAAUUAUGCAACGUCGUGAAGAAAAGCGUUUGGCCAGGGAAGAGAGGAGAUUACAGAAAGAAGAGGCUGAACGCCUGAAGUUUGAAAAGAGAGAAGCUAGAAGAUUGAAACGUGAGGAAAAAGAAGAAGCGAAGAGGGAACGCCAGGAAAGAAGAGAAGCGGGUGAAGAGGUAGAUUCUCCUGCGGAGGAAGAAGAAGAGGUUCUAGAUCCUGAAGAGUUAGCGGACAUUGAAGCUGAGAGACUUGAAAAGGAAGAAGAGGCAUUUAGGAGUGAGCGCUGGCCUGCUUAUGUCAAAUACGUUGACUCUCUUCUGUCGGCUCAAAUAAUGAAAGCCAUACAAACAAGCCUGGACCUGUUCGAAAAGCAGACAGAUUUAGAAAAAGGCCCACGAGUUGCUUUUAUGGAAGUCAUAGCGGAACUGAAAGAUCCUGAUAUAGUUUUCUCCCCGUCGUUGGAAAUCGACGACGACUACGGCCUUUACGACACUCUCAAUGAAAUGAUGAAGGAUAUGUUCCUGCAAGCUACGCUGUUUCCGCGAAUAGAUCCGAUCAUUCCUAUAGCAUCGUACGAAGACGACAUAGCAAAUGAAGACGCCAUGAUUGACCUUUAUCAUGACAUUCUGAAAAGAAUUGAAAAUAGUAUCACUGAUGUAUUACAAUAUGCUACCAAAUACGAGAAGUAUACGCCGUUAUGGAUGGAAGAUAGACAGGAAGUAUUAUCGAACUUCUUGAUAUACGGUCGCGUAAUACCACCAGAGGAAUUUGACAAAUAUCGAUUUGAAAACGGUUGCGAUCCACCAGAGGCCAAACCUACGCUGGAGGAAUAUCAGAAGGAGAUUGACAAAUAUAACGCCAUGUACGACGAAGUGGCGGCGCUGCCUUCAGAGUAUCUGUGCAAUGGCUGGCUGAAGCUCGACCUGAAGCGUCUCAACCAGGCUAUCAUGAACAUCGUGUGCAAGUGGAGUAAUCUCUUCAAGCAGAAUCUGAUGGAUCACGUUCAGACAAGCCUUGACGAGCUGGAGAAGUUCAUCGAUUACGCGAGCAAGGAGCUGUCGGUGGAGCUGGGCGAGGACGACUACGAGGGGCUGCUGCAGGUGAUGCGGGUGUUAAACGAGGUGCGGGCCAAGCAGGACGCGGGCACCGAGAGGAUGUUCGAGCCCCUGCGCGACAUCAUGUACCUGCUCAAGGAGUACGGGGUCGAGUUCCCCGAGGAGACCUACGAACAGUUGGACAUCCUGCCGGAGAAGUGGCGCAACCUGGUGAAGCUCGCGACCGUGAUGAAGAACAACGUGGCACCGCUGCAAGCCGCGCAGGCGGCGUUGAUCGCCAAACGGGUCGCGCUGAUCAACCUGCGUCUGACUAUGUACCGCGAACAGUUCAGCGGGAAGGAGAUGUUCCUAGAGACUUGCAAGGAGCCAUACAGAGAGAUCGAUAUGGUUCACAAAGAGUUGUCCAACUUCGAAGAUAUGAUGAAAACUCUGAAAACUUCCUGCGCCUUGUUCGACAUCCAGCCUCCCGAUGACAAAAAUCUGAAGCAAUGCCGCAGGGAAUUGAAGCUCAUUAAGCAACUCUGGGAUUACUAUUAUCUUGUAAUGGGAACUAUCGAGUUUUGGAAAAAAUCGCCAUGGAAGAAGAUCGACGCCGAUGGAAUGGACCAGGAGUGUAAGAGAUUUACGAAGGAUUUGCGUCAGUUAGACAAAGAUAUGAGGACAUGGGAACCUUACCUAGCUGUAGAAUCGACAAUAAAGAAUUUGAUGACUUCCCUGCGAGCCGUAACGGACUUACAAAAUCCUGCAAUUAAGGAUAGGCACUGGAUCGAGUUAAUGAUGGCAACCAAGGUGAAAUUUCAUAUUGAUGAUGAUACUACAUUAGCAGACCUACUUGCGCUUAAUCUGCAUAAAUUCGAAGAGGAAGUAAAAACAAUUGUCGAUAAAUCUGUGAAAGAGGCUGCUAUGGAAAAAACUCUGAAGGAGUUGGAGGCGACUUGGGCCGUUAUGGAGUUCGACUAUACUGUACACGACCGUACUGGUAUACGUUUGCCAAAGGCAAGCGAAGAGCUUGUCGAGACGUUGGAGGAUAAUCAGAAUCAAGUGCAAACGAUGAUGUCGUCAAAGUUUAUCGGGUACUACGAGACGGAGGCAUCGCUGUGGCAGAAGCGUUUGGGUACAGCAGACGCGGUGAUCGCCCUCUGGUUCGAAGUGCAGCGCAAGUGGCAGUACUUGGAGAGCAUCUUCGUCGGCUCGGACGACAUUCGCGCGCAGCUGCCGGAGGACUCCAAACGGUUCGACGGCAUCGACAAGAAUUUCAAGGAACUGCUAAAAGAUAUUGGCACAACACCGAACGUUGUCGAAGCAACAAACAAACCAGGCUUGCUGGACAAGCUUGAAACGCUAAUGAGCGACCUCAACUUAUGUGAGAAAGCGCUCAAUGACUAUCUAGAGACAAAGCGCCUGGCGUACCCAAGAUUUUACUUCGUCUCUUCCGCUGAUCUUCUUGAUAUCCUAUCAAACGGUAACAAUCCACCUGCCGUGUGCCGACAUCUCACUAAGCUUUACGAUAACCUUGCCAAACUGGUGUUCCCCAGUCCAACCAGCAAAAUGGCAUUCGAAAUGAUUUCCAAGGAAAAUGAAGAGCACGUGCCAUUCAAAGCACCAUGCUGCGAUUGCUCCGGAAAGGUCGAAGUAUGGCUGAACCGAGUAACGGACUGCAUGCGGCUGACUCUGCGUGACAUUUUCGAGCACAGCGUGAAAUCUUACGAGGAGAAGAUGCGGGACGAGUGGGUGUUCGACUGGCCCGCUCAGCCGGCUCUAGUUGGCACCCAGAUCUGGUGGACCACCGAGACCAACCAGGCUUUCGAGAAAUUGGAAGAAGGUUACGAGAACGCGCUAAAAGACUACCAAAAGAAGCAGAUAGCGCAGUUAAAUGCUCUGAUUGUUCUCUUGCUGGGCGAUCUUACGGUCGGCGAUCGACAGAAGAUCAUGACCAUCUGCACCAUCGAUGUGCAUUCGAGAGACGUUGUAGCAAAACUCAUCACGGCGAAAGUAGAAAACUCCAAUGCCUUCCAAUGGCAGAGUCAGCUGAGACACCGGUGGGAUAAUAACGUUAACAACUGUUUCGCAAACAUCUGUGACGCCCAAUUUCUCUACGACUACGAGUACUUGGGCAACACGCCCCGGCUAGUCAUCACGCCUCUCACGGACCGUUGCUACAUCACUUUGACUCAGAGCCUUCAUUUAAUAAUGGGAGGUGCUCCAGCUGGCCCAGCCGGUACCGGCAAGACAGAGACUACUAAAGACCUGGGUAGGGCGCUCGGGAUCAUGGUCUAUGUGUUCAACUGCUCCGAGCAAAUGGACUACAAAUCCUGUGGGAACAUAUACAAGGGCUUAGCUCAGACUGGCGCGUGGGGAUGCUUCGACGAAUUUAAUCGGAUCUCCGUGGAGGUGCUUUCCGUCGUGUCGGUUCAGGUCAAGUCCGUACUGGACGCGAUAAAAGCCAAGAAGAAGAAAUUCGACUUCAUGGGGGAGUAUAUAUCGCUGAUACCUACUAUCGGGAUGUUUAUCACAAUGAACCCCGGUUACGCGGGCAGGACAGAGCUGCCGGAAAAUUUGAAGGCAUUGUUCCGGCCUUGCGCGAUGGUAGUGCCCGACUUCGAACUUAUAUGCGAAAUUAUGUUGGUGGCGGAAGGUUUCCAAGACGCGCGUCUGUUGGCUCGCAAGUUCAUCACCCUAUACAUGCUGUGUCGCGAGUUGCUCUCUAAGCAAGACCAUUACGAUUGGGGCCUUAGGGCCAUAAAAUCUGUGCUCGUCGUCGCUGGUUCUCUUAAGAGAGGAGACCGUCUAAGGCCAGAAGAUCAGGUUUUAAUGCGCGCGUUGCGCGAUUUCAACAUCCCCAAGAUAAUAACGGAGGACAUGCCGGUUUUCAUGGGACUUAUCGGAGAUUUGUUUCCGGCACUUGAUGUGCCCCGAAAGAGGGACUUUGAUUUCGAAAAAAAUUUGCACGACGGUGCGGUGUCCAUGAAGCUGCAACCCGAAGCGGGAUUCAUAUUAAAGAUGGUCCAACUGGUGGAGCUGUUCGCGGUGCGGCACUCGGUGUUCAUCGUGGGCUUCUCGGGCACCGGCAAGUCGAUGGUGUGGCAGUGCCUCCACCGGACCUACCAGAUGCUGAAGAUGAGGCCGAUGUACAACGACCUGGACCCGAAGGCGGUGACCAACGACGAGCUGUUCGGCGUGAUCAAUCCGGCGACGCGCGAGUGGCGCGACGGCCUGUUCUCUACGAUCAUGCGCGACAUGGCCAACAUGCCGGGCGACGGGCCCAAGUGGAUAGUCCUCGACGGCGACAUCGAUCCAAUGUGGAUCGAGAGCCUCAACACGCUCAUGGACGAUAACAAGGUGCUGACACUGGCCAGUAACGAACGUAUCGCGUUGACCAAGUCGAUGAGGCUUCUGUUCGAGAUUGCGACUCUACGUACCGCGACGCCAGCCACAGUGUCACGGGCCGGCAUCCUUUACAUUAACCCUCAAGAUCUCGGUUGGAAUCCGUUUGUGGCAUCGUGGAUCGAAACGAGUCGCGAUGAUGAGACCGAGAAGGCAAUGCUGACUGUAAUGUUCGAUAAAUACAUUCCACCCCUGCUGGAGACGUCCAAGAAAUACAAACGGAUCACGCCAUUGACAGACUUGCAGCAGAUUCAGCUCACGUGCUACCUUCUCGAGUGCUUCUUAAACAAGACAUUACUGCCUUCGGACUGCCCUAAGGAAUGGUAUGAAACUUAUUUCGUUUUUGCCGUCGUAUGGGGCUUCGGUUCAGCACUGUUUCAAGAUCAACUAGUGGAUUGGCGCAAUGAAUUCAGCAAGUGGUUCUGCAACGAGUUCAAGCAAAUCAAGUUUCCAUCCUCUGGAAACGUAUUUAGUUUCUUUAUUGAUCCCGAGACAAAGAAGUUUCUGCCCUGGUCCGAGAAGGUGGAAUCGUUUGAACUAGAUCCCGAUUUACCUUUGCAGUCAUGCCUCGUGUCAACAUCGGAGACAACCCGCAUCAGAUUUUUCAUGGAUCUGCUCAUAGCUAAGCAGAAGCCGUUGAUGUUGGUUGGAUCAGCGGGCAGUGGUAAAACCGUCAGUGUCGCCGCCAAACUUAACUCCUUACCUGACUCUUACGCUAUUACCAACGUGCCGCUCAAUUUCUACACUACCUCAGAAAUGAUACAAAAAGUGCUGGAAAAGCCUCUAGAGAAAAAGUCUGGACGCAAUUUUGGCCCACCCGGAAGCAAGUUCAUGAUCUACUUUGUGGAUGACAUGAACAUGCCUGAGGUUGACACGUAUGGCACAGUACAGCCGCACACGCUGAUCAGACAAUUUAUGGACUACAGGCAUUGGUACGACAGGCAAAAGUUGUCUUUAAAGGAAAUAUCAAACUGCAUGUUUGUUUCGUGUAUGAACCCUACUGCUGGCUCUUUCACUAUUGACUCACGUUUGCAAAGACAUUUUUGCACGUUCGCUGUAAGCUUCCCGGCACUGGAGGCGUGCUAUCACAUCUACAAGCAGAUCCUGUCGCAACAUUUGGCCAGUCCGCACAACAAGUUUGGCGUGUCAUUGCAGCGGUACGCAGACACGUUGGUCAACACCGCGCUUGCUCUCCAUAACAAGCUCUCCUCCACGUUCCUCCCCACCGCCGUCAAGUUCCAUUACAUAUUCAACCUCCGCGAUCUGUCUAACAUCUUUCAAGGUAUUCUGUUCACAACGGGUGACGUGAUAAAGCAAACAUCCGAAAUGAUUCGCCUGUGGAUGCACGAAGCUACUCGAGUGUACUCAGACAAACUAGUCGACAACGUCGACAACGAUGCGUUCAACAAGCUCAUUGCCGAAGUUAUCAAGAAGCACUGCGAGGAUUACGACGAAAACCUAGUGUUCGAGAAGCCUUUGAUUUAUUGUCACUUUGCGGAGGGCGUGGGCGAUCCCAAGUAUAAUCCGAUCCGCGACUGGGCUCAGAUUAAGCGCCUUUUAGACGAAUCACUCUCAUCAUACAAUGACCUUGUUGCCACCAUGAACCUUGUACUAUUUGAAGACGCCAUGUACCAUAUUUGUCGUAUAAACCGUAUCCUUGAAUCACCGCGUGGCAAUGCUCUGCUCAUCGGCGUUGGGGGUUCAGGAAAACAGUCGCUGUCCAGGUUGUCCGCCUUCAUAUCCUCACUCGAGGUGUUCCAGCUCCAAUUGCGUAAAGGCUACAGUAUUAAUGAUCUCAAAGUCGACCUGGCUGCAUUAUAUAUUAAGGCUGGCUUGAAGAACAUCGGCAAUGUGUUCCUCAUGACCGACGCGCAGGUUGCCGAUGAACGUUUUCUCGUUCUCAUCAAUGACUUGCUUGCCUCCGGUGAAAUACCAGAAUUAUUGGCUGAUGAUGAAAUGGAAAACGUUAUCAAUGGAGUACGGGGUGAGACAAAAGCUACCGGAGUGCCUGAUACACGUGAAAACUGUUGGAAAUUCUUCAUUAAUCGUGUUCGAACUAUGUUGAAGGUGGUGCUUUGCUUCUCGCCCGUGGGUGCGACGCUACGGGUGCGCGCCCGCAAGUUCCCCUCCAUCGUGAACUGCACCGCCAUCAACUGGUUCCACGAAUGGCCACAAGACGCGCUUCGCUCGGUUUCCAAGCGGUUCAUCUCUGAAGUUCGCUCUCUACCGUCGCAAUUAGUGGAGCCGGUGUCCGUGUUCAUGUCCCACGUCCACCAGAGCGUGAACCAGAUGUCCACGAUCGCGCUCUACGGGAAACUGCUCGACACGAAGACCGACGAUCUCACAAUGAUGAUCUCCAGGCUUGAGAACGGCUUGGACAAGCUCGCAUCGUGCGCCGCUGACGUAGCCGUGCUAAAGGUAACACUUGCAGAGCAAGAGCAAAUAUUGAAGGUUAAAAAUAAAGCCGCCGAAGAGCUGAUUGAAGUGGUCGGCGCCGAGAGCGAAAAAGUUUCAAAGGAAAAAGCGUUUGCCGCCGAGGAGGAGAAGAAAGUCAAAGUGAUUGAAGAGGACGUGACAAUCAAGGCUAAGAUAUGCGCGGACGAUCUGGCCAAAGCCGAGCCGGCUCUGAUCGCCGCUCAGGAGGCGCUAAACACCCUGAACAAGAACAACCUAACGGAGCUGAAGUCGUUCGGCUCGCCGCCAGACGCCGUGAUCAAUGUCACCGCCGCUGUGCUCGUUCUGUUCUCGAAGAAGGGUAAACUGCCAAAGGACAGGUCCUGGAAGGCUUGCAAGCUCAUGAUGGCGAAAGUUGACCAGUUCUUAAACGAUUUAGUUUAUUACGACAAGGAGAACAUACAUCCGGACAUUGUUAAGGCUGUGCAACCUUACAUCAAGAACCCAGAGUUUAAUCCGGAGUUCAUAAUGUCCAAGUCGGCGGCGGCAGCAGGCCUGUGCGCUUGGGUGAUCAACAUCAUCAAGUUCUACGACGUGUACGUUGUGGUGGAACCCAAGAGACGAGCACUCAACGCCGCCAAUGCUGAACUUCAGGCCGCGCGCGACAAACUUGCCUUCUUAACUGACAAGAUUAAGGAAUUAGAAGAGAAACUAGAAGAGUUGUUAAAAGCGUUCCAAGAGGCCGUGAACGAGAAAAUGAAAUGUCAAGCUGAAGCCGACGCCACGAAUGCAACGAUUGACUUGGCAAACCGUUUAGUGAAUGGAUUGGCCUCCGAGAAAAUUAGAUGGUCGGCAACUGUCGUCAAUCUGAAGGAGUCUGGCGUGAUGCUCCCCGGCGAUGUGCUACUGGUGACGGCGUUCAUCUCGUACGUGGGCUGCUUCACGAGGAUCUACCGUCAGCAGCUGCUCAACGACGAUUGGGUACCAACCCUCGCCAAGUCUGAACCGAAAAUCGAGAUGACAGAAAACCUGGAACCGCUGUCGAUGCUGACGGACGACGCGCAGGUGGCCUGCUGGAACAACGAGGGCUUGCCCACCGACUCCAUGAGCUCGGAGAACGCGACCAUACUCACCAACUCUGCGCGCUGGCCGCUCAUGAUCGAUCCUCAGCUGCAGGGCAUCAAAUGGAUAAAGUCCCGUUACGGCGACGCCCUGGUCGUGAUCCGGCUGACGCAGCGCAACUACCUGGACCGGAUCGAGCGCGCGGUGAGCGGCGGCGACGUGGUGCUGCUCGAGAACAUCGGCGAGAGCGUGGACGCGGUGCUCGACCCGCUUCUCGGCAGGGUGCUAGUGCGCAAGGGCAGGGUGCUCAAGAUUGGCGAUAGAGAGAUAGACUACGAUCCGAAAUUCCGCCUCAUUAUUCAGACGAAGUUGGCGAACCCUCACUAUCAACCAGAAAUGCAGGCCCAGUGCACUCUUAUUAAUUUCACGGUCACCAGAGACGGCUUGGAGGAGCAGCUAUUGGGCGAGGUGGUGAAGGCCGAAAGACCAGACUUGGAGAGUUUGCGCGCCGGUCUCACGAAGCAGCAAAACGAUUUUAAGAUCACGCUGAAAUCCCUCGAAGAUGAUCUGUUGAAGCGGCUGUCGUCGGCGGGGCCCGACAUCUUGAGCGACUCGGCGCUGGUCAUCAACCUCGAGACCACGAAGAAAACCGCUGCUGACAUUGAGGUUAAAGUAGAAGAGGGUAAAGUAACCGCCGUCAAGAUUGACGAAGCACGGGAGAGAUACAGACGAGCGGCCACCCGCGCCUCCAUCCUCUACUUCAUCCUGAACGAGCUGUACAAGAUCAAUCCGAUGUACCAGUUUUCGCUGAAGGCCUACAGUGUGGUAUUUAAAGACGCCUUGGCGAAGGCCGAACCUGCCGAAGAGUUGCAGGCUCGAGUGUUCAAUUUGCUCGACAGCAUCACGUUCGCCGUCUUCGUGUACACGAGUCGAGGGUUGUUUGAAAAGGAUAAGCUCAUCUUCUUGUUCCUUAUAACGCUACAGAUUCUGCAAGCGGAAGGUAAAGUGGACCCGAGAGAGCUGGACUUCUUGCUGAAGUACGCUGUCGCCCCUGAGGUGUCUCCGUACUCUUGGCUGUCCAAUAGCUCGUGGGGUGGGAUCGUGGCGCUCUCCAAGACAGACGCCUUCGAAAAUCUCGACAAAGACAUCGAAGGGGCAAGUAAACGGUGGCAAAAGUACACGGACGGCGAGGCGCCCGAGCGGGACAAGUUGCCAGGGGAGUGGAAGAAUAAGUCCUCGUUACAGAGGCUCUGCAUAAUGCGCGCCUUGCGCCCCGAUCGCAUGUCCUACGCCUGCGGAACAUUCUGUGAAGAGAACCUCGGCACAAAGUAUGUUGAAGCUCGGACUCCUUCCUUGGAGAAAUCAUACGAGGAGAGCACCUCUACUACACCAAUGUUCUUCAUUUUAUCACCCGGAGUGGAUCCUUUGAAGGAUAUAGAAAAGAUGGGCCGUAAAAAAGGUUUCUCCGCAGAGAAGAAAACUUUCCACAUAGUUUCGCUAGGCCAAGGUCAAGAAGUAGUUGCUGAGGAAGCAAUGACUAUAGCAUCUGAUAAUGGCCAUUGGGUGAUACUUCAAAAUAUUCAUCUGGUGGCUAAAUGGCUUUCUACACUAGAGAAAAAAAUGGAGGAAACGUUUGAAAAUCCUCAGGAAGACUACAGACUGUUUCUGAGUGCGGAGCCGGCAGGAGAUCCCGCGUACCAUAUCAUUCCUCAAGGCAUCCUGGAGUCUGCCAUCAAGAUAACCAAUGAACCACCCAGUGGCAUGUGGGCAAAUCUACAUAAGUCCCUCGAUAACUUCAGCCAGGAAACUCUCGAGAUGUGCAGCAAGGAGGCCGAGUUUAAAUCUGUACUAUUCGCUCUUUGCUAUUUCCACGCUGUUGUCGCAGAAAGGCGGAAAUUCGGCCCUCAAGGUUGGAAUAGGGUGUAUCCGUUCAACUUUGGCGAUUUGACGAUCUGCGUGUACGUGUUGUACAACUACCUGGAGGCGAACCCUCGGGUGCCGUGGGAGGACCUGCGCUACCUCUUCGGCGAGAUUAUGUACGGCGGCCACAUCACCGACGACUGGGACAGGCGCUUGUGUCGCACCUUCCUGCUGGAAUACAUGCAACCCGAGCUGGUGGACGGUGAAGCUCAGCUGGCACCGGGAUUCAUAUCGCCACCUAACAGCGACUACGUUGGUUACCACCAAUACAUCGACGAUUACCUUCCCGACGAGACACCAUACCUAUACGGACUUCACCCCAAUGCCGAGAUCGGUUACCUGACCACUGUCUCGGAGAGGCUGUUCAAGGUGGUUUUUGAAAUGCAACCCAGAGAUGCUGGCGCACAAGCUGGGGGUGGCGCAACCAAAGAAGAAAUAGUCCGCAUGAUGUUGGACGACAUAUUGGACCGGGUGCCGGAGCCGUUCAAUCUUCAAGAGUUGAUGGGGAAGGUGGAAGAGCUUACGCCGUACACUAUCGUCGCCCUCCAGGAGUGCGAGCGGAUGAACCGGCUCAUGGGCGAGAUUCGUCGCUCGCUUAAGGAGUGCGAACUCGGCCUUAAGGGCGAGCUGACGAUCAGCAGUGACAUGGAGAACCUGAUGGAGUCGCUGUUCAUGGACCACGUGCCAGAAUCAUGGACCAAGCUGGCGUACCCGAGCCUUCUGGGUCUGGCCGCCUGGUUCUCUGACCUCUGCCUUAGAUUGACCGAGCUGGAGAACUGGUCUGGGGACUUUAACUUGCCACCGGCUGUGUGGUUGGGAGGAUUCUUCAAUCCGCAGUCGUUUUUGACGGCUAUCAUGCAGCAGACGGCGCGAAAGAACGAGUGGCCUCUGGACAAGAUGUGCCUCAACUGUGACGUCACCAAAAAGAGCCGACAGGACUUCAACGCGCCACCGCGUGAGGGCGCGAACGUGCACGGGCUAUUCAUGGAGGGCGCCCGCUGGGACACGCUGACCGGCGGCAUCGUGGAGUCUCACAUGAUGGAGCUGUUCCCGCUGAUGCCGGUCAUCUACGUGCGCGCCGUCACCCAGGACAAGCAGGACACGCGCAACGUUUACGAGUGCCCCGUCUACAAGAUACGAAUGCGGGGCCCAACAUUCGUGUGGACAUUCAAUUUGAAGACCAAAGACAAGCCGACACGUUGGACCCUAGCUGGUGUUGCGCUCUUACUCGGAGUC